CCAACCAAUCACACGCGUUGGAGGCGUGGCUGGCGGUUACAGUCAUGAAUGUGAAAGAAUGCUGGUGUUUACCGGUCAGCGUGAAUGAAGUAGUGCCGGGAGAUCAAUCUGGGUUGAGCCUGAAUAAGGACUACCUCCUUCAGCUUUAGCAGCAUCGGAGGCACCGGGACGAGAUGAUGUGCAGCAGUAAAGUUGGGUAUCAAUAGCUGGAAGGAUGGGGUCUAGCGGCAGGCUGUACUGUGCGUUUAUAAGCGCUUGCCUAGUGGUUUUGGGAAUGUUAUCAAUGCUGCAGGUUUUUGUGGGGUUCCGAGUCCCAGGGCCGCGCUGGGUCACAAAGGACGGGGUUACCUUCACGAUAAUCAGCAUUGACAACAGCCGAGAUGGGGCUCAGCCGGGCGGUGGUGCGCGGGGAAACCAGCCGGAGAGAAGCGGCAGCCCUCAGGGAUUUGAGACCAGGGGAGCCGUGUUCUUGGAGAGCGAAGCCGGCGUACUCUGGGACUACAUGCCGCAGUUCUACCAAGAUGAGAACGAAAACUUCACGCAAAAGCAGAGUGAUCGCAGCCAGAUAGACCUGCAGCCCUGGGCAGGUGGACAGCCCUCCUUCACAGCUGAGGUGCAGCGCUUCAUUGAGUACAUCAGCACCACGCAGGUGCACUGUGCCCGGGAGCUGACGGCAGGCGAGCCCCAGGAGGAGAAGGUCUUGGCUGGCUCCUGGACUGUCUGCCUGGAGGGCUGGUUUCUGAACAGGGAAGUGGGGCCUUGUGUGGCCUACUCCUUCAGUCUAGAUCAGAAGGACGCUGGCUUCGUGUCUCGCAUGGCGUCGCUGGCGGGCUGCGAGGUGCACCAGUUUGACCCCGGUGCCAGGCCCGUCCCGGGACGAGACGAGAGAGAGGUGAAGCGCCAUCAGACCUGGCUGGACUGGCGGGAGCCUAAACACGGGAGCCGCAGGAACACCCCCAAAAAACUGGGGCUCAUCAUGGAGAGCCUGGGACACCACAAGGUGGAGUUUGUGCAGGCAGACCUGGAGAGUGCAGAGUGGAAGGUUCUGGAAAACCUGGUUCUGGAUGGGACGCUAGGCCGGAUCCAGCAGCUGGUAGUGACAGUGCACCUGCACUGGGCUGGGUUCGAGGUGGGAGGCAGCGAGGCAGGGGUGGUGCGUUUCUGGUACAGCCUGCUGAAGGAGCUCCAGGGCGCAGGGUACCGGCUGCUGCACAGCGCCAGGGGGCCUGGCCACACCAUCCUGAGACACCGCCUGGCUGGAGUCAGCAGCACUUACACACUGAGCUGGGUCAACACCAGGUGGAACUACUGAGCUGAGUGACGUUCUACACCAGGGAAAAGUAACUGAGCGCACGAGGUCUCUUCUGUACCUGGGAUAAGUGACCUCAAGGUGGAGCCAGUGAGCAGAGAGCACGGACUGCAUGCAGAGCAAAAGAGGGAUAAAUAAUGCCACGUUUCCAUCUGCCACUGGGACCGUGUUUAAAGUGGAUUUGAACUCGAUUUUGUCUGAGGCCCAGGACUGAGUGUGAGACGGGUUAAUAAUAAUGAAACGUAUAGUAAAUGUAUUUUGCGUGUUGACAGUCUGUACUGUAGCAAACUCUCCUAACGCUGGCACUGACUUGCCCUGCUGAAUAUCCCUCGGCUGCCAGGAGGGUGCAGAGCUGUGCAGACGUGUCUUGGAUGUGUCAGGAGUAAUGGGGGUUAACUAGCAUGCUAAAUAACAGAGGCACCGGACUCUGUGGCACGCAUGUUAUAGAAUGAACUGUGGAGCUAGGCUGUGUCUCUGGACUCUAUACUGUCUCCUCACCUGCAUUAACAUCACAGCAGCCUGACCAGCGUUAUAAGGACUCGCUUUGUUUCCAGGAGUCUUUUUCACAGUGGAUUUCUGCUUUUGUAUUUUGUUUGUUUUAUAUUUAUUGAGUUUUUUUGGAAAAUGAAUAAAAAUUUUGAAAAUUAAAGAA